UCUUUGCUGAUUCUACAUUACACUCGGGGCUGUCUAGUCUGGCAGAUGAAACUGGCCGAAAGGAGAAGAAAGUGACAAACUGCUUGCCCUAAACCCCUGGCAAGUCCCAGACACAGUAUUGAUCCGAAAGAACAAUCAAUCAUGACUACGGAAUCUGGAUCUGACUCGGAAUCGAAACAGGACCAAGAGCCAGAGCACCAAGAAGCCUCUGGACAGCAGGGCCAAGCUGGGGCUCAACAGCAGCCACCAGAGCAGCCACUCAGGGAGGAACAUCAGCAGGCACUGGAGCAGUUCUCUGCAGCAGCAGCACAUAGCACCCCAGUGAAAAAAGAGGUCACUGAGAAGGAACAGGAGUUUGCUGCUGCAGCUCUAAGACAGCUUGAAUAUCAGCAGUUUGAAGACGAUAAACUUUCUCAGAAAUCAUAUUCCAGCAAACUCUCUCGAUCUCCUUUGAAGAUAGUUAAAAAGCCUAAAAGCAUGCAGUGCAAAGUGAUACUUUUAGAUGGAACAGAAUAUCUCUGUGAUGUCGAAAAACGUUCCAGAGGCCAAGUGCUAUUUGACAAAGUGUGUGAACAUCUGAACCUGUUAGAAAAAGACUACUUUGGUUUGACAUAUCGGGACACCGAAAACCAAAAGAACUGGCUAGAUCCUGCUAAGGAAAUCAAAAAACAGAUCCGAAGUGGUGCUUGGCAGUUCUCAUUUAAUGUGAAAUUCUACCCGCCAGACCCUGCCCAGCUAUCUGAAGAUAUCACCAGGUACUACCUCUGUUUGCAGCUGCGAGAUGAUAUAGUAUCAGGAAGGUUGCCAUGUUCUUUCGUCACACUUGCCCUCUUGGGAUCCUACACCGUUCAGUCUGAACUUGGAGACUAUGACCCAGAUGAAUGUGGAAGUGAUUAUGUCAGUGAAUUCCGUUUUGCACCAAACCACACAAAAGAACUGGAAGAUAAAGUGAUUGAGCUGCACAAGAGCCACAGGGGAAUGACACCAGCAGAAGCAGAGAUGCAUUUCUUAGAAAAUGCCAAAAAAUUAUCCAUGUAUGGAGUUGAUCUACAUCAUGCCAAGGACUCUGAAGGAGUAGAAAUUAUGUUAGGAGUUUGUGCAAGUGGUCUUUUGAUAUAUCGAGACAGACUCCGAAUUAACAGAUUUGCCUGGCCAAAAGUUCUGAAAAUUUCUUACAAAAGGAACAAUUUUUACAUAAAAAUCAGACCAGGGGAGUUUGAACAAUUUGAAAGUACCAUUGGCUUUAAGUUGCCAAACCAUCGAGCUGCAAAGCGUUUAUGGAAAGUAUGUGUUGAACACCACACAUUUUUCAGGCUCUUGUUACCAGAAGCACCGCCAAAGAAAUUCCUUACCUUGGGCUCCAAAUUCCGCUAUAGUGGCAGAACACAAGCUCAAACAAGGAGAGCUAGUGCACUGAUAGAUCGACCGGCACCUUAUUUUGAGCGUUCUUCUAGCAAACGGUACACAAUGUCCCGAAGCCUGGAUGGGGCAUCAGUGAAUGAAAACCAUGAAAUGUACAUGAAGGAUUCUAUGUCUGCUGCAGAGGUUGGUACUGGCCAGUACGCCACGACAAAGGGCAUCUCUCAGACCAACUUGAUAACAACUGUGACGCCGGAGAAAAAGGCAGAAGAAGAGCGUGAUGAGGAAGAAGACAAGAGGAAAAAGGCUGAGGAAGUCACUCCAGUCUCAGCAGUACGGCAUGAGGCAAAGUCAUCUUGGCUUGGCAACAGUUCAUUUUCCUCCUCACCAUCCUUAUGUAAUGGUCCCACUGCAUCUCCAGCAACACUUCGUAGGAGAUGUAAGGAGAAUGUUCAAAAAGCAUUAGGUUGUGAGCCAGCCAGAGACACUGGGCAGACCGGUGGUGAGCCUGACUUGGAUUCUAAUGGGAAAGGGAAAGCUUACACAGGGGAUCAAGACCUGGCCUUUAGCUACAAACAACAAACUUGCAAAGGUGCAACGCUAUUUUCCUUCUCCUUGCAACUCCCGGAGUCAUUUCCUUCUCUUCUAGAUGAUGAUGGGUACCUCUCUUUCCCCAACCUUUCUGAAACCAACUUCCUCCCUGCGAAUUUGCAGCAUUACCUCCCAAUCCGUUCUCCAUCGCUUGUGCCCUGUUUCCUCUUCAUCUUUUUCUUUCUGCUGUCCGCUUCUUUCUCAGUGCCGUAUGCCCUCACUCUUUCCUUCCCUCUGGCUAUGUGCCUCUGCUACCUGGAGCCCAAGGCAGCCUCCUUGAGCGCCUCACUAGACAAUGACCCGAGUGACAGUUCAGAGGAAGAGACUGACAGUGAACAGACGGAUACUGCAGCUGAUGGUGAAACCACUGCCACUGAGUCGGAUCAGGAGGAAGAUGCAGACCUCAAGGCACAGAAUAGUCUGAUUAAGCGAAUAAAGGGUGAAAAUGUGUAUAUCAAACAUAGUAAUCUAAUGUUAGAGGAGUUAGAUAAAAAUCAGGAAGAACUGAUGAAACAUCAGACCAACAUUAGUGAGCUGAAAAGAACCUUUUUAGAAACUUCCACAGAAACUGCUGUGACUAAUGAAUGGGAAAAGAGACUUUCCACAUCUCCGGUGCGGCUCGCUAUGAGGCAGGAGGAUGCCCCAAUGAUUGAACCACUUGUGCCUGAAGAGACUAAGCCCACUGGUGAAAAGAUCUUGGAUGGUUCAGAUAUCUUCACUUUAAUAGACUCUGCAAGAAAACCCACAGAGUUCAUAGGAGGGGUUACUACUUCUUCACAAAAAUGGGUUCAGAGAACAGAAACCAAGGUGGAACCCAGUGAAACACAGAAAGAGUCAAGCGAGCAGCACCAGCAGCUUAGUGUGGAGAAGGUUGUUCAGCAAACGAUGGUGGUGGAGGAGAGACAUGUGAUGAAUGUGCAUGCAAGUGGGGAUGGUUCUAACCUGGCUGGAACUCAUUUGGAUGCUGCAGCUCAAGCAGCAUCUGCUGUGGCUUCUAAUAUUACUGGGAAGGCGGGUUCUGCUCUGACUGAGGGGGCUAAAGAGGAGAAAAGGGAGGAGGCGGAGGCUGAUAAAGCUGUAAUCAAACAGGAAGAGAUUGCCACUGCUUCUCAUGAGCAAGAGGAGGAGCAGACUGCAAGAUCCCUCAUUUCAGAAUCAUUGGAAUCAAAACCUCAUUUUGAGUCACCAUCUGUGAAGACAGAAACCAUCAGUUUUGGCAGUGUCUCCCCAGGGGGAAUAAAACUGGAAAUUUCAACUAAGGAAGUGCCAGUUGUUCAUACAGAGACAAAAACCAUAACAUAUGAAUCAUCACAGGUUGAUUCCAGUGCUGAUACUGAGCCAGGUGUAUUGAUGAGUGCACAAACAAUCACAUCAGAAACGACCAGUACUACAACCACCACACACAUCACCAAAACUGUGAAAGGAGGCAUUUCAGAGACAAGAAUUGAAAAGCGAAUAGUCAUCACGGGAGAUGCAGACAUUGACCAUGACCAGGCGCUGGCUCAGGCAAUUAAAGAGGCCAAAGAGCAGCACCCUGACAUGUCAGUGACCAAAGUAGUGGUACAUAAAGAGACAGAGAUCACACCAGAAGAUGGAGAGGACUGACCCCAGGAAUAAUUUAGCUUGCAUAUGAAUCCAGUCAUGCACACCAUUAGGAACACCAGAGCCUAUAUGGAGUCCCCGUUCUAACCCGACUGACUGACUUGUAUCUGUCCAUGGAAAAUUUCAGUCCAGAAGAAUUGAUCUUGACUGUUAAUAAAGACACUGGCAGAGAGAUCUUCCCAUAAUAGAGCAAUCCGAUUCAGCAUCAGUAAACCGAUAUUGCAUGAAGCAACGAUAAAAUUGCAAAAGAGCAGCAUUUUUAAUUUUUACAAAAUGUCUAAGUUUUCAGCUAUACCUGCACGUUCAUAACCAACAAUAUAAACAGUGAUCUCAUGUAACACAUAAACAAUUCAUGCCUUUCACAGUUUAUUAUUAAAGUCUAAACAAAAUGAUAAUUUGUUAGAUGGCAAAACCUUUUUUGUUUACGAAUUAAAUGAAAAUUACCCUCAAAUGCUAGAAGCUGUAUAGGUACGGUGUAUAAUGUUUUAUCACACGUUAGAUGUGCCAAUAACACAGUUUAUUCAGUAAACAACUUGAAUCUUGUUCUUGUUUCAUCUGGUUUUAUUAUUAUUAUUCCCCUAUAAAAUGAUGAAUCCCUAAUCCUAUGGAAAUAUUUAAUGCUUACAAAUGUGCUUUGUAUAUCUGAUUUAAUACCUUAUGAGGUAGUCCUGAUUUUAGUAUUUCGACUUGAUUUUCUGUUGUCUGCCUUGUUCUGCAUUAAAUCCAGAAAGCUUCCGUUUGCCCUUCACAGGUCCUAAAUAUAUAAAUUGUCAUUAUUUUGGGGAAACUUGUACUUUCCUUAUAUUACAAAAUUAUUACUCUGUAAUAACCCUAUUGUUUUUUAUUGAUUUUUUUCCUUAUGUUAUUUGAGAAAAAAAAUGUUUCAUUUCAAAACCUAGUCAACAUUUAUAAUCUAGUUCAGAGCCAAGCCUUAAACUGUACAGAACUUCCACUGUAAACUAUUGAGUGUUCAGUUAUAAAUAUCCAUUGAAGAGUUCUAUUCUCCAUCACACUGUCAACUGCAUCACAACACAUAGUGAAUGUAUGUUUCUGCAUAGUGAAAUAAAAGUGGUAAAUGCAUUCAAAACUG